UCCAGUCAUAGACACAGAUGCUUCCUGUGAGGACCGACUUCGAUGAGGAACUCUGUUAAAACGAGCAGCCUCACAGAACCCUGGGAGAGAAAGUUGCAGGUCAGACGAGCAGGCAAGAUGAGAGCUCGAGGAGCUAACGGAACGACUGGGCAAACGCAAAAUGCCAAUCAACAGCUGGACUACAACCAAAGCCACAUCCAACAGUUCCUCAUUGCUGGGGGAGAGCUGGGGCUCAAACACUUCUACACAGAGCUCUCUGUUCUCCUCCUGGUGGUCUACCUUCUAGUGCUCAUUAGUAACUUUAUGGUUUUCUUUGCGGUGGUGCUGGAGACCAAACUGCACACACCCAUGUACAUUUUCCUCAGUAGUCUCUCGUUAACAGAUAUCAUCAUCACAACCAGCGUUCUCCCCAAGAUGAUAUCGGUGUGCCUACUGAAUGACAUUGCCAUUUCUUUCUCCGGCUGCUUCUUGCAGCAGAUCACCUAUUCAACAUUUCAGGUUACUGAGGGCAUUUUGCUUCUUUUAAUGUGCUAUGACCGCUAUGUGGCAAUUUGCAAUCCUCUACGCUACAAUGAUAUCAUCAGUCCCCGGAUGUGUGUUCUACUCUCAGUCAUUGCUUGCAUUGUUGGAUUUUUAAUGAUGAUUCCACUUACAAUGUACACAUCAAGGUUACCUUUUUGUGGGAACCACCUCAUGUUCUGGUUUUGUGAUUUCCCUCCAGUAAUCGCACUGUCCUGUUCGGACACAACAAUCCUGCUGUUCACAGCGCUAGGGGUUGCUUUACUAGUAAUUGCGGUUCCAGGAUCUGUCAUUAUUUAUACAUACAGUAAAAUUAUUUUCGCAGUUUUAAAAAUGUCUUCUGUAGACGGGCGUAAAAAGGCCUUCUCCACCUGCUCCUCACAUCUCAGUAUUGUAAUCCUGUUCUACUUCGCACAUCUUUGUGUCUAUAUAAGUUCCUCGGUAAAAAAUGUUCAUCCAAAUGUUCUCAUCUUGAUCUCAAUCUUCAACUGUUUACUGAUUCCAUUUGCGAACCCCAUCAUUUACAGCUUGAGAAAUAAAGAGUUAAAGACCGCUAUUCUAAAACAUUUCUACAUCAAUGAGGUUUUCAUAAGUUUCUCUCGUUUACGUCCCCAGUAAAUGUUUUUGUCAGUCUUAUGUAUCUCAGUUUAUGCUGUGACACAUAUAGGCCCUUUGUUUUCAGCAUCUCACUCAUUUUUUGUGAAUAAUCUAAAGUCUUGGCAAAGAAAUAUAUUUUCUGGCACAUUAUCCAACAUUGGUGACCUUAAUAAUAUAAAGCUUUACACAGUCAUUGCAAAAGCCAUGUUCAUUUCUAUCACCAUUCAGCAGUGUUUUCAGCUACACAUGUACCAUUGUUAUUAUCCAUCCAUCCAUCUAUCCAUCCAUCCAUUAUCUAUACCCGCUUAUCCUGGGCAGGGUUGUGGUGGGUGCUGGAGCCUAUCCCAGCGUACAUUGGGGCGAGAGGCAGGAAUACACCCUGGCCAGGCCUCCAAUCUAUCGAAGGGCACACACAACAUUCACUCAUCAUUCACUCACACACUCAUAACUAUGGGCAAUUUAGAGUCUCC